AUGGACGCCCAACUCCAAGAAUUCCAAAACCUGUUCGAUAAACUCUCUGCUUCGAAAGAUGAAGUCACCCGCAAGGCAUUGCUGAAUAUAUGUCGAUCUCAAACCGGUCGGCUCGAAACACCAUGGGAGACUGUAUGGAGGAUGAUUAUGGAGCCCCAUCAAAGCGCAGCCCUCCGAGCAGCUCUGGAAAUGGGCUUAAUCGAUGCACUUGCUUCCAGCACCACCCCUCUUACAAGCACCCAACUGUCCGAAAAAACCAACUGUAACGAGAAAUUGAUAACGCGCAUUCUCCGGCCCCUCGCAGUCCGCCACCUCGUAAAGGAAGCGAGUUUCGAAACAUACACUUCUUCACCCGUCACCUCCUUCCUGUCACAACCCGGCGUCGCUGGCGGCUUUAAAUUCAUGUUCGACAUCGCAUCGAGAUGCACACAGCAAAUCCCAUCUUUCUUAGCACAGGACAAAUUCGCAUCUCCCUCACCACAAGGCGUCUUCGAACACACGUUCUCAACCCCAUUGCCGAUGUUUCCAUGGCUACAAGCGCAUCCUAACCAUAUGAAGGAUUUUGGGGACUUGAUGAUGGGACAGCAGAUGGGGAGGGUGCCGUGGUUUGAUGUUGCUGAUGUAGACCAAGUACUAUUUGAGUCGAAGGGUGGGGAGAAGAAAGAUGAAGUGUUGCUUGUUGAUGUUGGAGGUGGACGUGGGUAUGAUUUACAAGCUUUUAAAACGAGGUUCCCGGAUGGGGAUGGGAAGCUUGUUUUGCAGGAUUUGCCGAUGGUUGUGGAGGAUAUUCAGGACUUGGAUGAGGCUGUCGUGAGACAGGUUCAUGAUUUUUUCACGCCGCAGCCUGUGAGAGAUGCAAAAGCCUACUAUCUCCGCUACAUCCUCCACGACUACUCAGACGAGAAGUGCCAGGAGAUAUUGAAGCAUAUCGUGGAUGCCAUGACGCCUGGGUACUCCAAGUUGCUGAUCUUCGAGUGGGUUUUGCCUGACACUGAGUCUGCGUUGUUUCCAAGUUUGUUGGAUAUAAACAUGAUGGCUUUAUUGGGUGGUAUGGAGAGAACGCAGAGUCAAUGGAAGGUGUUGUUGGAAGGGGCUGGUCUGGAAGUCAGGCGGUUUUGGGGCGAAGAUAAGGAGGCUGAGAGUUUGAUCGAGUGUGUUAGGAAGUAG